GUCAACCUUGUGCGUAGUAUUCACAAGUGAUUAUAAGCCAGGGCCAAAGCGCCGGGAAAUGCAGAUGUAAGCCUCGAGGGUCACCUACGAUUCUAAAUGGUGCUGAUAUCGGCGAUCACUAUCAUAUAGCAUUAAGGACUAUCCUGUCGUGCUAUGUCAACCCGGCAAACCCCGCUGUCUGUUGGUAGAUUGUUCUUUUUCUGUUCACUUGAGGUCUAAGCUCUUCCCACUCCCCGCUCUCGUCGAGUAAACCAUAUUCAUUCUCCGGCUUCAACUCGCCUUGCUCGAUGGAGAAGCACUCUGAAGACUCCCAAGACCCUCUAUUACGCCAAUCUACGGAAGAGGAUGUAAUACAUUCUUGCGACUCUUCUAGCGAACACAAAAAUGGCCGUCAACCUAUACGGACGUGGCUACGGUCAAACGCCCUCUUAUUGGUGAUAUUGGUUUUGUUACUUUAUAUCGCCAUAGCAUUAACAGCCGAUGUUGCGUUGAGAUUUGCCGCAAGACCGUCGCAACCUUCAUCACACGACGAGCCCAGCUUACUAGCAGAUGUCUUACAAUACGAGGAAAGGCCAGAAUGGUUUCAACCUGAGCAUCCAUGGGAUCAAGACCCUUCCGAUGAACUUGAUGCGGCCUGGGAUAACUUACUCUAUGCCAUCAAUCUUAGGAUAUCUGACGAUGAGCUGGAUAUCCUUGGUAUCAACAAGACAAACCGAGUCCAAGUCAACGGUGGUGCCUAUAUUGGGUCUAUGGGCGUCUACCACCACUUGCACUGUUUGAACAACCUACGGAUGAUCGUACAUUGGGACUACUACGAGCCAAAAUUCGCCGAUUCUCCGUACCUAGGACACCUAGGAAAAGCCCACUCAGACCACUGUAUCACUGCCCUCCGCCAGGCAUUAAUGUGUCACGCGAACACCGCAAUAACCACGUUUGAAUGGGUAGACGAAGAAACCCCGCUGCACGGUAAAGAGCAGAGGCUAGAGGCCAUGACGACUUGUGCAAAAUGGAAUAGUCUAGACGACUGGGCGAGACAGAGGGUGUUGGUCGCUGGGAAUUACACUUAUCGGCCAGGUCCGUUUUCGAAGAACAAGGCUCAUAACAAGGAUAUCGAGUGAGACAGUAAGACGGACCUGAGCAGGCUCACUGCUUAUGCGGAGGUCGUGCUAGUUAAUAUAAUUCGAUGAAAUAGAAGCUUGGCUUAUGAAUGAAGUCCUAGAUACUGUCCAAUCAUUCUUCGUGGGCAGCCAUUGAAACAUACAUCGUAUACGUUUGAUCCAAGAAGAAAUAAAUAAUAAUAAAAAUUUACCUACGUACCCCUGGUUCACAGAGCCCUACGAUGCAACGCUACACCCGCUACAGAAGAGCGGGUACCCUGGUCUCAGUACGCAUCCCUUGCAUGCCCUAAUGCCGCCUUUGUUCGAAUAUUGCCCAAUAGCCUUAGACAAUUCAAAGGUGCUC